AUGAAGCAGGAGAUGAACCGAUCGUGCGAGGACUACGAGCACUCGAUGGCUCGCUUUCUUCAGCUCAAGCGUAACUCGGAGGAAGGCGUCACCCAGGCGAGGGCGGCGGAGGUGGCGCUGUCUAAGAAGAGGUUCGAGAUGGCCAGGUUCGACUUGGUGCGUCACCUUAGCCUGCUGGAGACCAAGAAGAAGCACGAGGUUGUGGGCAGGACGUGCACUGCCCUGCACGCCUUCCUGGCCCUCUUCCAGCGGUGCAACGGCCUGGUCGCCUCGACGGAACAGCGCCUGAGGGAGUUGGAGUGCGCUCUCACUCUAUCCCGACAGGACCUAGACCAGGAGGACGGGGUCUGGUUGGCCAGGCGCGACCAGCUCGAGGCCUCCCUUAACAAGGCAAUACCCCCAAACGCAGCCCUCGUCGCUCGCAGCGGCGGCGGCUUGCCCCCAGCCCCGUCCCCGACCAGGGCAGCGGCCGCCGCAGCAGCGACGGCUAUGGGUUCUAACGCUACCACCAGCACCUGGCCGUCUUCGGCAACCUCGUCUACCGCUGGUGGGGGAGGGGUGGGGAGCACCACGGGGGCCGGCGGCGCGGCGGUGACCGGAUCGUCUCCGGUGCUGGGGCCGGCGGCGGCGGCGGCGGGAGGGGGGGUGACGCAUAUGCGGUCGGCGCAGAAGAAGCGGGAGUCGCUGGCGGGUAGCGGGGCCGGGCAGGGGGAAGGGGGCAGAGGGGCGAAGGAGCGACGGAGGGAGAGCGGCGCUAGGGGUGGUGGUGCUGGCGGGGGCGGGUCUUCGAAAGGAGCGUUGUGGUCGCCGAGACAGGACCGGUGCAUCAAGGGCGGCUACCUGUGGAAGAGAAGCACGAACGUGAGAAAGGACUGGCAGCGACGAUAUUUCUUUAUCCAGAACGGCAAGCUGUUCUACCAGAGACAGGAGACCUUCGUCAGCCCGGCGAAGCGCGUGUGCGACAUCAAGCUGUGCCACGUGAGGAGCUGCCUCAAGGACACGGACCUUCGGUUCUCGUUUGAGAUCAUUUCGCCGCAGAGAAGAACAACCUACCUGCUGCAGGCGGAAGACGAGGAUAGUCACCAGCAAUGGGUGGCCGCGAUCAAGUCGGAGAUCGAACGACUCCUCUCGUCAUCCAUGCCAGCGUCGGCGGACUGGGAUUGGCAGUCGCCGAACAGCAGCAUCAGCACCGGGACCUUUACCCUCACGGGUGCGGCAGCCGCUGCGGCGGCAGCAGAUAAGGGGGGGGCGGCGGGGGGAGGAGCCGAGCUCGCGAUGCCGGCGGACAUGUCUCUCAACAAGGCGCAGCUCACCAGUCUGUGGGAGGCUAACCCUGAGUGCGUGGACUGCGGCGCUAGAGAGCCUGAUUGGUCAUCGAUCAACCUCGGGGUGAUGAUGUGCAUCGAGUGCUCGGGGAUUCACCGAUCCAUGGGCGUCCACGUCUCCAAGGUCCGGUCGUUGACGCUGGACCGUUGGACGACGCCCCUGGUGGAACUCCUUCUUAAGGCCGGCAACCAUAACGCCAACGAGGUGUGGGAGGCCCACCGGGACGGGAACCCUGCCUUCUCCGCCAUGAAGGCGAAGCUGUAUCCCGAGGCGGACCGCGCGUCGCGAGAGGAAUUUAUUCGAGCCAAGUAUGAGAAGCGAAGGUUUGUCGAUCCGCCACACGAUACGAGUCCCGAGGUAGCUUUGUCCUCGAGCCGACUGCUCUUCGACGCCUGCAAGGAAGGGAACAUGUUGGAGGCGAUGUGGUGCUUGGCCCACGGCGCCGACGUGAACUGGACCGACACAACGGGGGGGGGUUACACUGCUGCUCACGAGGCGGCAAGAGGAUCCCGAGUAGCCCUGUUGGAGCUACUGGCGAACAAUGGCUGCGACCUCAGCGCCACGAGCGAAAACAAGUGCAACAGCAGUACUGAGUUCGCACGUUGGCGGUGUCAUGGACGGCUUUUUAGUCCGUGGUCGUGA